UCGCCCCUGCAAUGGUGGCUAUUGGACCGUUCCUUUCCCCAGCUCCGUUUCUUCGCUGACAAGGUAUUGAGCAUCCCGACUUCAUCUGCGGCCAGUGAACGUUUGUGGAGUAUUCACGGGUUCACUCACAGUAAACUCCGCAAUCGACUUCUCGUGCCCACCGUCGAAAAGCUGGCUUUUGUCUACAACAAC